UUUCUCUUUCCAAAACAACCAUCAAUACCAUCCCUUCCAUUCCACCACCCUUCCUUUUCUUUUUUCUUUCAUACAUAGAAGAAAAAUAAAUAAAAAAUAAAAAACAAAAACAAAAAAACAAAAGGUGGUAGAUGCAUGAGCCACAACACACACAUUAUCUCAUACAACCACACUCACCACCUUAACUUCCCCAAAAUUUCUUUUAUUUUUCUUCUUCACUUUUUCCCCUCAAUUUUUCUCACUUGGAUUCUCUUUUCUCUCUCUGCCGUCACCAUUUUACCAACAACAAUGGCUCCAUGACUUGUUCUUCCUCUUUCCAUACGGAUUUAAUCAUCAUGCUUUGAUGACUGGUAAAAAUAUUGGAGCUAAAAAUGGUAAGCUUAAGAAGGCGUAGACUUUUGGGACUAUGCUCAGGAAACAGUUCAUUUGUAACUCCGCUUCCUCUACAUUGUGAGAAUCUAACUGGUUCUGAAAAUUUGUCAUGGCAUGCUAAACCGAAGAGUGAACAGGCUAUGCUGUCAGAUGAUGCAAGCAUCCUGGACAGUGUAGGAACAAGAUUAAGCAUCCUGGACAGUAAUACUAUUGUGCAAGAAGAACCGGGCUCGUCUAGUAUUUCUGGUUCAAGUUCUUCCAAAGAACAGCUUAUUCAACAAAUCCUUGCAGGACCUCCUGUCAAACGUAGGAAGCGACAUAGGAGAAAGAAUUUUCACAGUCAAGAAGCAUGCAUGAGAGGUGUCUACUUCAAAAAUAUGAAAUGGCAGGCUGCGAUAAAAGUCGACAAGAAACAGAUCCACCUAGGGACUGUUGGAUCACAAGAAGAAGCUGCUCGCUUAUACGACAGGGCUGCCUUCAUGUGCGGGAGAGAACCUAAUUUUGAGCUUCCGGAGGAAGAGAAGCAAGAACUCCGCAAAUUCAAAUGGGACGAUUUCUUGGCAAUGACUCGACAAGCAAUCACACGGAAAAACUAAAUUUUAACAGUUGCGUGCGAAAAAAUUUAGAGCACAAGAGAAGGAUUAUCCCAGAACUUCCGAAUAGUCUCGAGCCGCAUCCUUUGCACAAAGAUGAUUGGGAAAGCAAUCAAGGAGUGAGAGGAUUCUAUGGUUAUGAAAAUGCAGAGCAGGAGGAAACAUGAGUCUCUUGAAAAUUAUGAUUCAGGAACCAAGAUUCUUCUAAUCCAAUUCAAAAUGCUAGAUCCAUGUUUAUUAUGAUAGAAUUCAUAAACCUUAAGACAUGCAAAUUACUACAACCUUAACCCAAUAAAGAGCACAUGCCAACUUUAAGGUGCUGAGAUAUUUAAUCAGUUCACCAAUGGAAAUGAAGAUGCUUCUAUUCAUUUUCACAUUAAAGAGAUAUAUUUUUAAGUUUUUCUUUGGCAGUUAUGGUCCAUAUUUAGUAUUAAAAUAAUUACACAUUGGCAUGUGUUUUUGUGA